CAGGACACUACACUCUCCACCCUGGCUGUGACAAACCAGUGUGAUAAAAUUUUAGAUCCCAAUGCCAUAGUUCCUUUCUAUCCAACUAUGUCUGCGGCUUUAUCCAGGUCACACCAACACAGAUGCUGAAUCAAGGAUACAGCCUGGUACCUUCCUACCAGGAGGGUAGCCAGGUCUAUUACUAUGAGCACAACAGCCUGGGCCCUGUUAUAGGUGGAGAAUUUGGGCAGUGUUUGCAGGCCCAUGGCUCUGUGUCCUACCCUGGGAGUCAGACCUCUGUGCUCCAACCAGAAAUGGUGAUGGUGCUGAAGGAGAUUCAGCCAAGGAAUGUCCAAAUACCACUCUUUACCUCUGCCUUCUCCUACUCUACAUCUGCUCAAUCCAUGCCAGACAACAGUCUUCCCGUGGUUCAAAUGGAGAAGUCCCUGGGAUUGCCACCUUCAGGCCAGACACAAUGUCAGGUCCAGAGUCCAGAGCUCUGCAACACCUUUGUCCAGGUUUCUGAGAUAAGUCUACCAACUGUCAAUGGGGACAGGGCAUUAGCAGCCCCCAUCCACAGUCCUUCAGAAUUCUUGGCCUUGUCUCCAGCUCCAAGGCUGGAAGAAACAGAGAACAAAAAUAAGACUGAGAUAAAAGACAAGUUUUUAAAGACUCUGGAUGCAUAUGAGGGCACAAAAGGAAACCAAGACACACCGGUCAUGACUUUAAAACAUCCUGACUUGCAGGAACCUCUGCACUGCAUUGAUACUGAGAGUCUAAGGCAGAAGCCUGCUUCUGAUAAUGCCCAUUUGGGAGGCAUCAGCUUCGGUCCAAAAGAGCUUGUGGGGUUAGAGAAUGAGAUUGGAUCCAGCUGCGACUUUAAAGACAUCACUACACUUGAGGCAGACAUUCAGCUUCCCCAACUCCUCAACACCCUCACAGAUAUAGACCAGGAUCAGUGCUGUGAAAACUGGAGAGUCAUUAGUGGACCCUCUGACCAGGUGAUGAAGAAUAAACAUAAAGCCUCUGAGCUGCUUGAGGGAGCUCCUCAGGCCAAAAUCCAUCACCAGGACAUAGUAGAGGGAGAAGUGGCUGUGUGUGUUACCGGGGCCAGUGACAGAGCUAUUGAAAAAGCAAAGAACCCGGAGGGCAAAGCUCUGAAAGUGCCCACCAGCAAGAACAGAAGAGUUAGAAGACAGCAGCAAGAAAGACCAAAUGGACCAGAGAACAACACUAAGAAAACUGAAGAGCUUAAGCAGUCAAGGAAGAGAGUCAAAUCAGAAGAGAAGCCCACCAUCUCCAAGACCAAGAGGAAGAGGAAUCCACCUGAGCUCAGUCAAAACAGCUUCAAGAAGCCUCGAACCCACCUUGGCAUGCACAUGCUGGAGUCUGUGCAAGUUUUCCACCCUCUGGGGAAGAAGAGUAGGAAGAAUGAGAAGAAAACUGGCACCUCAUCCUUUAGGGGUCUGCAAACCUUCACCAGCAACAAAGAUCCAGGUUCAGGCCCAAUUACUACAACAUUGCUAAACAUGUCAGUCGAGGGCCAGCGUCCUUCUAAAAGCUCAGAGAAGGUUCAGAAAGCAGAGAUUAAUGAGGACAAAGAUUGUAGAUCUCCAUCCCAGUACGAGCUGCCCCCAGCUGGGAAGGUCAAAUUAGUACUUCUGCCUUUUCCAAACCUUGACAAGCUUCAAUCCAGACCUGCUUCUAGAAAGCCCAUUUCCCAGGCUUUAUGCAGGCCUACUGCUCCUUACCCUGUGCAGCCUCACUCUCACUCAUCUCAACCUACCACACUCAGGCCAGCCCAAGCACCUCCUGUCAGCACUUCUUUGAUGACCUCUGCCAAGCUAGCUCCUCCAGUUUCCUCCAGUGCCACACAACCUAAUGUAAACAACCCCAUCCACUCUAGUGCUGCACCCCAGUUGGCCACCUCAAGGCCUGCACCGGACAGAGCAUCAUCUCACACUUCAUUCCAGAGAGAGCUUGUUUCUGAUGCCAGGAACAAGGUACCAUCACCUCCCAAACCUCAAACCCAAUAUCUGCUGCAAGACUUCAGCAGCCAACCCAUUCCAUGGAGGAAAGUCGACAUUCUGGGACCAGUUGUCUCACAGCCCAUCACAAAAGAGCAGAGGCCUGAGAGGGAGGCCAUGAAGAAGCGAGCCCAACAGGAGCGUGAGAAUGAUGCCAAGAACCCUUCAACUGGAAAACUCCAGGUUUUCCUUCAGAGGGAGAAGGAUAUGGAAAUUUCUCAAUAUUAUGGCUAUGUAAUGUAAGAGCUGCCAAGAUCUUUGUAACAAAGUGUUUUUUGACAUACACUUGAUGUUAAGUUGGUUAUUUUAUUCUAAUAUUUUCUUCACUGUGAUGAUUUAGUUUUAAUUGUAUUCUAUAUGAAAUUAAACUUAAGUAAUAUUUAUUUAAUAUUAAAUCAAUUGAGAAAAUGCUA